AUGGCGCCUUCAUGUAACCCUAUGGGACAAACUCCAAAACUUACGUCUCUUACAAAACACUAUAGAAAUGAUUAGAGUAUUUGUUUGCAAUUACAUUUAAUGUUGUAUGAGUUAAAAUCGUCUCACGUUUCUCAAGAAUAUCUUUAAAAAUAGAAAUGGGCGAUAACCUUCGACGAGAGGUAUUACACAUGUUUAAGAAACUACAUCGAACACGAAUGAACAUUUUCAGAGGCGAUGAGCACGCAUUAAAAGUAACGAGGAACAGCAUAAAUGAGGAGUACAAAAAAUAUAAAAAUGUUACAAACACAGCUGCUAUUGAAGAGUUGAACAAAUUCGCGCAAGAAGUAGAACAUGAAGUGCGGACAACCGUAGUUCAAGCAGUUGAAACAAAACCUGGAAAUUUUGCGCUUCGCAUUACGCCCGAUACUAAACUAUUGGAUAAUAUACCCUUUGAGGAUUCUGAUACAACUCAGGAUUUAAAAAGGCCUCCACCGAAAAAUAGACCACAAAACAGUAAUUAAAUGUUAAAAUUAAUAAUAACUUAAUUUUACGAGGCGUUAGAGUAUCGUUAGAAUAUUAGGGGAAAAUAAAUAAAAUAGAUC